AGAUGAGGGCUUGACAUUUGCUGUUGGUUUCGGCACUGUCGUAGCAUUGAUAACAGCCAUCGCUAUCAUAAUGGCGGUGAUCCGUUUGCUGAGAAAACGGCACCAACCCAGCAAGGAGCUGGAAGGCGGUCACCUGACCGGCGGCGGAAACGGGCCGCCCAAUCCUCAACCAGAGAGCCCCACAGCUGCUGCCACUCCAAAUGACGAGCCUCAUACACCUCCAAGUCCUCCGGCCGAUAAUGAAGAACCACAGAGCAUUCGUUGUUUUCAAUGCAAUAGGGUGAUUAAACAACGCAAAAAUUUGCCUCGCCAUGUCAGGGUUUUGCAUAAUAUGAUAGUUCCUCUUAUUUACUGCCCAUUUGUUGAUUUAUGUCACAAAUCGUUCCGCAACCUGGAUGAGCUGAAGACACACAUUGAUGAUGUGGACCACAGACACUUCCCGGCAUACAAGGAUAACAGAGAAACCUGCUGCUGCAUCUGCAGGAAAAAACCUCUCAUGGUCAAUGCAAAGGCCCAUGUGCUGAACGAUCAUUGAAGACAAAUGCAAACAAUUUCAGGACAUAAACAAUGACUACAUUUAUUUUAAAAACUAAAAAAAAAGAAAAAAAAUAUAAAAAGUUUUUAAAAAAUUUAAAAAAAAAUUAAAUUAUACAAUUUUUUUAUAAAAUUUUAAAAGACAAGGAUUUUUAAAAUUUGACCCUGCACCUCUGAAGAUGAAAGUGACGCAACUGAUCCAGCCCAUCCCCAUCCCCUACAUCAGCAGCAUCCCCUGAAGCAAAACAAAGGCAAGAAGUCUCGAACGCGGCUCUUUUUCUCACCCGACUUUGGGUUUUGCUCUUUGAGAACCAGAAGUUAGGUGAUGUCACGCUGGCCGUGACAUGAAGAGAGUUCCACGCACUUAAAGCCAUCCAAGCUGCUCGGAGUCCUGUGUUUGCUGCCAUGUUCGAGCUCGAGAUGGAAGAGCGGAAACACAAUCGAGUCGAGAUCGCAGACGUGGACCACGAGGUGCUGCGCGAAAUGCUGCGCUUCAUCUACACCGGACGGGCAACCUGCCUGGACAAGAUGGCCAACGACCUGCUGGCCGCCGCUGACAAGUACGCGCUGGACAGACUCAAGGUCAUGUGCGAGGAGGCCCUGUGCACCAACCUGAGCAUAGAAAACGUGGCUGACACCCUGAUCCUCGCCGACCUGCACAGCGCAGACCAACUGAAGGCGCAGGCCAUCGAGUUUAUCAACACAUGUGUGACCCGCUAUGCUGGUGCUGAUUGCAGGCACGCGACCGACGUGAUGGAGACUGCCGGCUGGAAGAGCAUGGUGCAGUCCCACCCACACCUCAUCGCCGAGGCCUUUCGUUCCCUAGCCACCCAGCAGAUACCUCCGAUCGGCCCGCCGAGGAAGCGCGUCAAGCCCAGCUGAAAGCACACCCUGUGCUGAGCCGCCAAAUCAUCCCCCAUCACUACCACCACCACUUCAGCAACAUUUCUUAUGUGUUCAAGCCAUGCCACUAACACGACGUGUCCCACCCAUUUGUAUUAACCCUAAUUUUGUGCAAACCCACACACAAACAAACCUCCUCUCACACUCGAGCCGCCAAAAAGUCGGCGAAGAGAGGCGAAGAAAGAAGUUCUCUUUCCGAACGAGCUGCGAGCUGUGUCUGUCUGUGCGACCAACUUAAUCAAAAUGGACCUGUGUUGUUUGAUUUGCAGACAAACACACACUCACUCUCACAGUGCGUGUGAUAUACUACGUUUUUUUUCUUUGUUGAACUGAUCAGUGACUUCUUGGAUAAAGCCUUUUUUCAGGGCGUUACUCUUUUUUAGUUUGUGUUUGACUUUUAAAUGUCAGUUGUGAUUUACAUAAAUUAUUUAAUUAAAUUAAUUCGUUAUCGGUCGAGCAAACUAUUCUCACCAUAUGAGGCAAAGGGAAUAAAAACAAAACCCAUUCUACUGCCAUUCUAAAACUUUAUAUGAUAUUCUGGAAUA